AUGGGUUGGAAUCUGCUUCCUGGAUGGUUGUGGAAUACUAGAUCAACACUGCGAGCAGUUGUGAUCAUUGCGACCAAUUGUGCAUCAAUUAUAGCCCUUAGGAUGUUACGGCGGCGUUGGUGUUACGAAAAUCAUAAUCCUAGCUUCAGCCCUAACGAAGUAGUCAUAAUAACAGGAUGCGAUUCUGGUUUAGGCUAUAAUAUGGCACAGUUAUGCCUAAAGACCGGCAUGACGGUAAUGGGAACGUUUAUCAGCACCGAAUCUGAAGGAUAUAAAAAUUUGGUGAAAGAAGCUAGCGUACCUGGAAGCUUAAUAUCAUUUAUAAUGGAUUUAAGAAAUCAGCAAAACAUUGAACUUAUUCACAAACAAAUACGCGACUGGUUUUCAAUUAACAGAGCAGAUCGUUUGUACGCCAUCGUAAAUAAUGCUGGUGUAAUGUGUUUCGGUGAAGCAGAAUGGCUUACUAGCAACAUUAUAAAAGCUCAGCUUGAUGUGAACAUAGCCGGGACGAUGUUGUUCACCAUACCAUUGCUCGAUUUGGUGAGAGAAUAUCGCUCGCGGUUGGUCGUUGUAACUAGUCACUGUGGCCGCCAAGCAUUACCCGGGUUAAGUAUUUAUUCAGCUACGAAAUCUGCCCUACGAGCGUGGACUGACGCCAUUCGGAUGGAGCUUGCCUGUCAUGGAGUUCCGGUUAUUGAGUUCUUGCCCGGAUCCUUUCUAUUUCAGUCGAAUAUCUGUUCUCGACAGAUGCCCAAUUUUGAGGAAAUGUGGUCAAACUUGAGCACAAAUCAACAGUCGUUUUAUGAUGAUUACUUUCAUCGCUAUACUGGGUAUCUGGCUCCGUUGUGUGGAGAGCGUGCACCCGAAAAAUUUAGAGAAAAUGAUCCAUUAGCUAAGACUAUUAGACACGUACUUUUUGAUAAAAAUCCAAAACCUUGCUAUAGCUACGAGCCAUGGCGUUACACCUUCUACUAUAACGCAUUCAAAUUUUUACCUUUAACUUUGCGAGAUAGACUGGUAAGGCAAUUUUUAGCCAUGCCUAUGUUUUAA